UGACGUGAAGGCAUUACAAAUCCUUGGCUCUCGGAAAUUCGUUUUUUUUUGUUGCUCUUGCUCGAACAUCAUUUCUGACUUCAUUCAAAUUGUCCUUUCUUAAGGUAGACCGCCGUUAAAAUUUUUGAAUUAAAUAAUAAUUACUCAAAACAACAACAACAAAAUAACACUAAAUGAACAUAAAGUAAAUCGCGCAACUUGAAGGAACAAAAAUAAAGAAGAAAAAACAAAAGGAUAAUUAUAAUUCGAUAUGAAAAUAGAAAUCGAUUAAUUAGGAUGAAAAGUUUCUUCUAGCUGUCAGGAUUUUUUCCUCGUUAAACAUUACCAUCAGCCAGGUCCGGUGCAUCAUCGAUACCCGUCCCGUACUCAUCUAUAUGUAUGUAUAGAAGGUGGGCUGGUGUAUAUAUGUAGUACCAUCACAUCAAUAUAGAAAUAUAAUUCGAAAGUGUGUUUGGUUCGUUAUGAUGGGGCAUGAUGGGGAUGUAUCCUUUUGCGCUUAAAGGAUAUUCAAAGCUGUGCAGUGUCUGCUUGUCGUAAUUUUCUGUGUGAAGUUCCGCAGUGGAGAGUGAUUUAUGUGUUAUUAAUAUAAAAAGUGAUUUAUUACACUUCUCUCGCGGCUUCAGCCGGGAGACGUUUCAAGAAAUAUUUUCCAACACCACCACCAUUUCCCUCGUAUCUCAUAUUUCCGUCGUCGUCGUUCGGAUUUUUUUUUUUCUUGUAGUUUAAAAAUAUAGCAACAAAAAUUGGAAAAAAAAGAUUUCGCGGUAUAAAUUAAGUGAAACAACAACGGUGCAACAGUAUUUAAUAAAAAAGAAAAUGUAUACGCCGCGUAAAGUUUGAAAGAAAAAAGAAAAAGAAAAGUAAAUAUAUUUUUUGAAGGAUUACCUUCGUAGAGUGACAUAGAUUCCUGGUGCCAUAUCAACUUUUCAAACUAAACCGCUGGAGCCGCUGGUGUCCCCCAAGGAGAGGAUAAUCGAACUUUAUUUGUUUGGUUGGGUUUUUUCGCUGUUGCUCCUUUCAUGGAUUACAAAUGAAAAUCGAGGCCAGCAACAGCAGCAUCAGCAGCAGGGACUUGAGAUGAUGAUCAACAACAGCAAUGGUAUUUAAAGGAAAUUCAGGAUGACGAAUUUGCCCUUCAGCUGCAACCGAAUGCGAACGUCCUUGGUAAGAGGAUUAACUUGGUAUUCAUUAUCUCACAUAAGCAUAGGAUGGAGGCUUCUGAUGGGUUUGCUUAUAUUCAACUGUAUUGGUGAGUGCGAUGUAGCAGCAUUUGAACCUGAUUUUGUAUUUCCAUUGGAAAAUGUGACUGUAGCACAAGGUCGUGAUGCCACAUUCACAUGCGUCGUCAAUAACCUAGGUGGUUAUAGGGUGAGUGGGGAUGGAGCUCAAGCCAGGGUGGCUUGGAUAAAGGCAGACGCUAAAGCGAUUCUCGCUAUCCACGAACAUGUUAUAACGAACAAUGAUCGAUUAACUGUCACACAUAAUGACUUCAAUACAUGGACACUGGUAAUACGAAAUGUCAAAAUGGAGGACUCCGGCCAGUAUAUGUGUCAAGUGAACACAGAUCCGAUGAAAAUGCAAACAGCUCGGUUAGAGGUUGUGAUCCCACCCGACAUUGUAAAUGAAGAAACCUCCGGCGAUAUGAUGGUACCAGAGGGUGGUUCUGCCAAGCUGGUGUGUCGUGCUCGAGGACAUCCCAAGCCAAAAAUAACGUGGCGUCGUGAAGAUGGCAGAGACAUCAUUGCACGCAAUGGUGCCCAUCAAAAGACUAAGGAAUCAUCAAAUGAAAUUGUACCGCACACAUUUAAACAGCAACAACAACAACAAAAAAAGAAACCAUCCAGGACUACGGAAAAUAAAGUGGCAUUACCUUAUACUCUAUUGCCAGUAUAA